UAAAUGAGAUUGAGUUCCACGAAUAUGCAGGCUAGAAAGAUGCUAUUUGCUGCUAUUCUAUCUAUUUGUGCAUCAAGUUCGAAGAAGAUCUCAAUCUAUAAUGAAGAAAUGAUAGUAGCUCGUUGUUUUAUAGGCUUUAUCAUAUUCAGUCGGAAGAGUUUAGGUAAGACUUUCAAAGUGACUCUCGACGGGAGAAUCCAGGCUAUUCAGGAAGAAUCACAGCAAUUCCUCAAUCCUAACGAAGUAGUUCCUCCGGAAUCCAAUGAACAACAACGAUUACUUAGGAUCAGCUUGCGAAUUUGUGGCACCGUAGUAGAAUCAUUACCAAUGGCAUGGAGUGCGCCUAAGUGCGAAAAGACAGUGCAAGCUUUGUUAUGCCGAAACCUAAAUGUUAAGUCAGCAACACUUCCAAAUGCCACUUCUUCCCGUCGCAUCCGUCUUCAGGACGAUCUAGUCACAGGUUUUCACUUCUCAGUGAGUGAAAGAUUUGUCCCCGGGUCUACGUUGAAAGCUUCUAUAGUAGAACUCAUUCGGGAGGGCUUGGUGGUCUUAAGAAGGGUUCGGGUGGGGGCUGAAUAAAGAAGACGAAUAGAAUAGAAUUCAUGUUCAUGCUAAGAGAAGAGCGGAUCCAAUACCAAGACGACUUCUUUCCCAAGAAGUGCAGCAAGUACUUUAGUAAUUUGGGGAUUUCAUGCCCCACGAGUGAGUUACCAAGUGCCCCCUAGGAGGCCAGUCUACCACAAGAUCAAGUUGGAGCCUGGAGCCAAAGCCCCUUAACUUACUUAGAGUGGGGCUGGGUUUAGCAGAUGCCCCCCCCCCCCCCAACUAGCAUCUAUUAGUUAAGGGGCUUGGUUGAACUCAGGAAAGAAUUUAAGGAAGUCAUUUUUUCCUAUUUCUAUUCCAGCCUCCAAGGCUCUUUUUCCCUAUCUUGCUGGGAAAAGGUUGGGGAGCCCUUGUUUUAUUCUAGAAAAAGUGGGAGCCUUGGGCAUUGAUUAUCGGGCGCUCAACAAGGUAACCUAACCAUCAAGAACAAGCAUCCACUUUGAUUGCAGACGCAUAUCCUUUCCCGUUCGCGUCUUUUGUCUAAACUGGAAUCUGUGGUGAAAGAUCAAAAUCUUUUCAGGUAUCUUUCUUCACUCGCCCAUUAUAGACAAGACUGGGAAAGAUUGGUCGUCUAAGGAAGGAAUACCAACUAUUGAUUUUAGAGCUCCCGUCUUAUUCAAUUUUUUUUAGAUGAAUUUGACCGAGCUUUCUAAGAACAGUUUCCAAAAAUGCCACACGCUCGUUAUGAUUAUGAAAUUUGCGUUCCUCUUGGGAUUGGAAAAUGGAAGGAAUUUCAUGUACCCAAAUGGGAGGAGUUAUUGAAUGGACUAGGUCUUGUUGGAAAGGUUAUGUGUUUAGUCUCGACCCAGUUACUUGUAUUGGGGCUUUCAUAUCUGUGGACGAUAAUGGCUUUAUUCAGAUUAUUGAAACCGGUUCUUUGGAAUAGUUGUUUUUGAUAAGGGCUUAGUUACAUUUUUUGUUCAAAUAUACAUAUCUUUAUACCUACUUUUCGACCCAAGACCUUACCUUAAUCACCGGAAAACCCCUUUUUUUA